CUUAGGCCCUUGCUCGAAGACCGCUCACGAGACUUCCAAAUACCUUUGUGAUUUGAGCGGCUCGACCGCGUGUCCAUGGGCUCCGCCGUCGGUAACCGAUGGCUGGUCGCCGUAGCGUGCUGCUGGAUGAACCUCUUCUGCUUUGCCAUGCUCCGUUCAACGGCAGUCAUCUACGUCGCCGUCCUGCACACGUUCCACGUCACCAGGGGACAGGCGGCGUGGCCCCUCAGUCUCACCGGAUUCUUCUACACGUUCACAGCGCCUGCUGUGGGAGUCCUCGCAAGGUACUUCAGCGUCUGGAAGCUGACACUGGCGGGAUCUGUGGGCGGCGCCAUCUCUGUUUCGCUCUGCUACUUCGCCGACGACGUACCCUAUCUUAUCGUCUGCUAUGGAAUCUCGCAAGGUAUUAGCAUUGCGUUCACAUCGCUUACCCACACGGUCAUCAACCAAAGUUUCGACCAGUACAAGGCAGUGGCUUCUGGAAUCAGCAACGCAGGAUUCACGAUCGGAAGCCUCGUAUUCCCACUUGUGCUACAGUUCUUCUUCGACCGAUACGGCGUCCGAGCGGGCUUCUUGUUGUGCGGUGCUUUGAUGCUCAACGCUGCCGCCGCUUCCUUGCUACAACGAGAUUGUCGUGUUAUGUCUGUUGCUACUUCUCACGAGAAAGCACGGCAUAAUCCUCGUAAAACCGAGGAGUCCCAAGAAGACGCCCUUAGAAAUGACAGUUCCCGCGCUGCAGAAGAGCGGUCGAUGGAACUCCUGCCGAUGUCAGAACAGACGUCGAGGAAAGGUAGCCUAAGCACCCGAGAUGAAGAGAGCGAUGCCCCUUUGUCUUCAAGUAUAACAGAAAACCCCAGAGCUGAUCAACUCCAUGUACAAAACUUAGAAUUUGAAAGGAUUCAAGUUCAAGCUGCGGAAAAUAAGUACGAUGUUUCGAGGAAAAUACAAAAUCUCGUACCAGAGUUGACUCUUAGAAGUCGAAUAGUAGGAUCGUUGUCAUUUCUUGUCAUACCCAAGUUCUACAUCGUCGCAAUCUCAUUUUCGCAACUUAUUGUUUGCAUAACUACUUACCUAACUGUUAUUGUGGACUUCGCAAAGGAUCAAGGCAUCCCCAAAUGGAACGCUGUUCUUCUGAUCACGUUCUGUGCGGCAGCGGACAUGGCGGCCAGACUAGCAUCUGGGUGGUUCACAGACAGGGGCUUCUUGAGGAGGAGCACCAUGAUGACGCUGCACUUAUUCCUCUCGGCCAUGGCCCUGUUUCUUGUACCCCUUUGUAACUCGUAUUUCCUGAUGGUCCUCAUGUCUGUGAUCGUGGGCUGGUGCAAUGGAGCCACUGUCAUCCUCAUACCAGUGUUCCUGAUGGAACUGGUAGAGGCCGGCAAAUUCAGCGUCUGCUACGGGACGGCGACCCUCUUGUCUGGCCUUCCCAUGCUGGUCAGGCCUUUGGUAAUUGGAUAUUUUAGGGACACGUUGGGACAUUACCGGGGUCUCUUUUGGCUUCUCGGAACGUUGUCAGCUUGUAACGUCGUCUUAUGGAGCUGGAUUUACUUGAGGGAGAGACAGACGGACAACUGCAACAAUCUCAAUAAGUUGCAACGGAAGAAACAUUCACAGGCAUGACAAGUGACCACUGUGUUACCGUGCUCUGCACCGGAUCACAGGCCCGUCUUAAUCCCUCUGUAUACAGACCAAUAAAGAAAAAAGGGAUCGCCAGCCCACGGUAUUCCC